AUGGAGUUUAUAGGAUCAAUUCUUGAAGUGAUUAAGUGCUUUGGAGGUCCAACAUGUACAUACAUAGACAAUCACCGAAAACUUGAAGAAUGUAUGAAUGAUCUUCGAGAAAAAGUGAAUGUUCUAAAUAUCCGAAGGGGAGACCUUGCAUCAAAAAAAGAAGCAGAGCUUCGUCACAGGAGAGUGGUGAGGGAAGAAGUGGAGUACUGGUUUAAAGCUGUAGAAAACGAAAACACUGAAAUGGAAAAGAUUGAAACCAAGUUCUCUGCUGUUUCAUACUUCUCGCGUGCUCGCCUUGGGAAACUUGUUCGUCGAAAGAUUGCAGAAGUGAAAGAAAUUCAUCAACAAGGUAAUUUUCUCGAUGGUGUGGCAAUUGAUGCGCCGCCAACUAGGGGGGUAAAAGUGGAGACAAAAGAUCUAGAAGGAGAAUAUAAUGUAAAAGAACAAAUUUGGGAGUAUUUGAUGGGCGAUGAAGUUGGGAUGAUUGGAGUAUGUGGAAUGGGUGGCAUAGGGAAAACUACGAUCAUGAAGCAUAUCAAUAAUCAAUUGCUGGUGGAUAGUCAUUUUGAUAUGGUGAUAUGGGUCACUGUAUCAAAAGAAUUGAAUAUUUUCAAAUUGCAAAAAGAUAUUGCAGAUUCUUUGGAAGAAUCUCUUCCAGAUAAUGAAUUGCAACGAGUGGCAAGAUUAAAACAUAUUUUGGAGGGAAAGAGGUACGUGUUGAUCUUAGACGAUGUUUGGAAACGGUUUUCUCUAUUGGAUGUGGGGAUCCUUGAACCAACAGUAGGUAUGGGGAGGAAAGUUGUACUCACUAGCAGAUCGAUUGAGGUCUGUACAUCUAUGGAUUGUAAGGUGGUCAAAGUGAAACCGCUUUCAAAGGAGGAGUCCAUGAACUUAUUCUUAGACCAUGUGGGGCAUAGUGUUGUGCAAGAUCAAAUUUUAAAAGACAUCGUCAACAAAAUUGUUGAGCAAUGUGGCGGUUUACCACUUAGCAUUGUCACAAUUGCCGGGAGCAUGAAAGGGGUAGAUGAUAUUUGUGAGUGGAGGAAUGCACUAAUUGAAUUAGAGGAGCAUGUUAAAAGUGUGAAAGAAUCAGAUAUCGAAGUAUUUGAACGUUUGAAGUUUAGUUAUGAUCGUUUGAUAGAUCCGAAUAUCCAAAAUUGUUUUCUAUUUUGCUCCUUAUAUCCUGAAGAUUUUGUGAUUAAAAAGGUUCAAUUAAUUGAACAUUGGAUAGAUGAGGGACUCCUUAACGGCUUAGAGACCAGACAAGCAAUGCAUGAUAGAGGCCAUAGCAUUUUAAAUAAGCUUGAAAAUAAUUGCUUGUUAGAGAGGGCUACAACUUAUUUGAAUGAAGAAGGAGUUAAGAUGCAUGAUGUUUUGAGAGACAUGGCAUUGUAUAUAAAAGGUCAUCAAUUCAUGGCAAAAGCAGGUAUGCAAUUGGAGGAACUACCAAGUGAGCAGGAAUGGACAGUGAGUGUUGAGAAGAUUUCUUUGAUGGAAAACUCAAUAUUAAAAGUUCCUCCUCACAUAGCACCUAAUUGCCCUCAUUUGUCAACCUUGUUAUUGCAAAAUUGUCGCUUAAGAAAGAUUCCUGGUUCUUUCUUUAAGCACUUGAUUGGGCUAAAAGUUUUAGAUCUUUCCAGUAAUAUAUUUGUGGAUCUACCCGAUUCCAUCUCUAACUUGAAAAAUCUCAAUGCAUUGAUACUUUUUAACUGUCUCGUGUUAAAAUGUCUACCUUCGUUAGCAGAGCUCAAAGCAUUGAGAAAGUUGGACAUUUCCUUUACAAGCAUUAAAGAGGUUCCUCAUGGUAUAGAAAUGUUAGAAAACCUCAGAUAUCUUGAUCUAAGGGCAGGGAAUCUAAAGGAGCUACCAGUAGGAAUAUUACCGAUGAUUUCUCAUAUCCGAUGCUUAAUAGGAGAUUGGUUGCAUCUAAACGGAGAAGAAGUAAGCAAAUUGAGGAAGCUUGAGUAUGUUUCAUGUUCAUUUUGUGACAUGCAAGAGCUUAAGAAAUAUGUAGAGUCUGUACAAGGUAAAUGCCCUACAAAUUUCAAAUUUGGAGUGGGAAUAUCAUUUUUGUCUCUUUUAAGUCAUCUGGAUAGGUUUUCCCCAAAUUUCAAAGAUAUUCGGAAUCAAGUAACAAUUGUCAACUGCGACAUGGGAAGGUGUGAUGAUAUAGUGGUCCCAAAUGACCUUCGUUCUUUAUCUAUUUGGACGUGUGAUGAUUUCAAAUGUUUAAGCGAUUUUCCUUCGUUUCGUGAGGCAACUGACUUGAAGAUAUGUCGAAUUUGCGAGUGUAAAGGGAUAGAGUGUGUGGUUGACUUGUCAUUAUCGUCUUGCAAUGCACUUCACAACAUUGAGGAGCUAUACCUUCAUGAAUUGAGGAACUUGUGUGAAGUUGUGAGAGGAGUAGCGGUCGAAAAUGAAUGUACCUCUCAUGCUCCAACACCAUCGGCCAUCUUCUCUUCUCUUAAACAAUUCCAUAUGAGUUUUUGUUCGAGGGUGAAAAAGUUGUUUCCAGUUGAGCUGUUGCAGGGCCUCCAAAACUUAGAGAAAAUUAGAGUCCAACAAUGUGUGCAAAUGGAGGAAAUAACUUCAGAAGAAAAUCACAAGGGAGAAGGAACAACAUUUGUUCUUCCCAAAUUAAAAUCAUUAGAGUUGGUUGACUUACCAAGAUUGAAAAGCAUUUGCAGUGAUGGAGUUCUGAUUAUCACAGAUUCUCUCCAAAAUCUCAUGAUAGUCGAUUGUCCAAAAGUAAAGAGGAUCCCUUUGUCUCUUCCCCUUCUUGAAAAUGGGCAACCAUCUCUUCCUCCGUUUCUGAACACAAUCAGAGUACGCCCGAGUAAAAGUUGGGAAUCAAUGAAAUGGGAUCACCCUGAUGCUAAGGAUGUCCUUUCUCCCUUUGUUACAUAUUUGUAGAAUGAGAUAGAGAAAAGGUAUUUAAUGAAUUGUGGGUCGACGGCUCUCAGUGGUAAAGUUGC